CUCAAACAACAUUCUCUUAUCGCAUCUCUUCUGCUUGUCCUCCUUGACCUUUGUGCAAGAUUGGAGAUCUCUUCAAACUACCAUGGAUUCCAUCCUACAGACGACCAAAGGUGUCGCUCAGGCUGAUGUCUCUCACACAGUUGGAACAGCGGCCCUGCUUGGAGUUCUUUUCCACCUGUCGAUUCGCAAAAUCGAGUUCGAGUUCAUAAUGUACCAUUUCAUGGCGGUCUCCAUCAUUUCCUUCUUUGCGAUGAUAUAUGCCUUCGUGGAGGUGGGGGAAUAUAACAUCUUCGGAGCCUUGACGAAAGCAUUGCUCUUUGCCAGCAGCUUUAAUACCGGUCUUCUCACGAGCAUUGGCAUUUAUCGUCUGAUAUUCCACCGUUGCCGAAAAUUCCCAGGGCCGCUUGGGGCAAAGCUUACCCGAUUCUACGCCGCCAGAUUGUCUGCGAAGGAUGUGCAGUACUACAAGGAGGUUGCCAAGAUGCAUGAAAAGUACGGCGACUUUGUUCGAACUGGCCCUCGAGAAAUUAGCGUUCUCCGCCAAUCAGCUGUGCCUCUCAUAUAUGGGCCGAACUCAGAGUGUCGGAAAUCAACGUGGUACGGCCAAACGGGGAACGACCCAAAGAAAUGUUCCAUUCAUAUGACGCGCGACUACAACGACCAUCGCCUGCGACGAAGAGCGUGGGAUAGGGGUUUUUCCAUCAAAGCGCUGGCCACGUAUGAGCCCCGAAUCAAAGGAAAGGCAGACCUCUUCAUGAGUCAGUUGCGAAAAAACGCAGGAAAACCUUUAGAUGUGUCAGCAUGGGCCAUGUUCUUCAGCUUUGAUGUUAUGGGUGAAGUCGGGUUUGGAAAGGAUUUCAACAACCUCGUCAGCGGUGUGGAACACCCUGCAAUUCAGGGAGUUCAUGCCCAUAUGACCAUGCUUGGGAUAAUGAGCACCGUCCCCUGGUUGCUGAACCUUCUCAGCUCAAUUCCAGGAGCAGCUGCAGGUUAUUCAGAGUUUUUUUCCUUUUGCGCUGGCCAGAUUAGGGAGAAGCACAAGACUUGGGAUGGCGAUAAGUACCCACAAGAUAUUGUAUCUUGGCUUCUUAAGGCUGUCAAAGACAAAGACGUUUCAGCUUCACCGAGCCCGGCCGCUUUAGAAGAUGAUUCCCGAGUAGUAAUCAUUGCUGGAAGUGAGACAACUGCAACGACAUUGGCAGGUAUCCUCUUCUAUCUAGCCAAGUAUCCAGAGAAGCAGAAGAAACUCCAGAGACUCGUCGACAAGGCCAUGCCAGCAGGAUACAGCGACUGGAAUUACGAAAAAGUAAAGUCGGUCACCUACAUUGACGAUUUCAUCAGUGAGACCCUGCGACUGAGGCCAGCACUACUGAAUGGCGGACCCCGAGAAACACCGGCGCAGGGUAUCCGAGUAGAUGAGGUGCACAUUCCUGGCAAGACAAACGUCCUAGUACCCAUUCAGUUGAUCCACCGAGACCCUCGAUGGUGGCAGCAAGCUGAGGAAUUCGUUCCGGAACGGUUCGGGGAGAAGCGGGAGGAAAUGGGAACUGAGAAGGCACCUUAUCUACCAUUUUCGCUAGGUGCUUACAGUUGUCCUGGCAAGAAUCUUGCUCAGCUAAGUCUGCGCACCUCUCUUUCCUCAAUUGUCCAAAAUUUUGACGUUUCUUUCGCUCCUGGGGAGACCGGGGUGGCCUUCGAUAAGGAAGUCCUGGAUACGUUUACAGUAACACUUCCUCCUCUCCAACUGCAGUUCACUCCGAGGAGCAGGAACUAGAUCCUUGAGGAAAGCGGCCUGCCACAACCAGGGUCUCUGCUAGUGUCGAUGGUGUGCAUGUACAUAGUCCGAAGAACAGUGGUAGGCGCAGGGUCCUGCAAAGGUCCACACAAACCAAUGAAGUUGCC